GAACGUUGGAUCAAGGUGCUCCAAGAAGGAGACUUUGCUGCAAAGAGAAGGAGAAAAGGAGGUGGACGACAUGCUGCGGGUUGUCGUGGAAUCAGCCAAGAUUAGCCCACCCCGAAGCCCCCCACCCAGACCCUGCGUGUCCAUCUACUUCCAAGAUGUCAAGAGGAGAACUCAUGAAGUGGAAGGGAAUAACCCCACAUGGAAUGAGACGCUCAUCUGGCACCUCUGGGACUGCUCCUUGUCAAAUGACUCUCUUCUGCAAAUCAUCCUUCGGGAUGUGGACACCAUAAAGAAAGAAAGGUUCAUUGGCCUGGCUACAGUACUGCUUGAGCCCUUGGUGCAAAAUCCAAGCAAUGUCCUUUUUGUGAAGGAUCUGACCCUGCUUAACCAUGCCAUGAUGUCCACAGAUUGCACUGUCACCCUACAGGUGGCCCUUUUGAAAAACCAGGAUAUUGAGAAGAUAGGUGAUGGUGAUCUUCUGGGCAUAAAUGCACAAGACGUGGCCAUGCAGAAACCGAUGGUCCCCAGCUCUGCCAUGCCCAAGCCUCUGUCUUCAAAGCCUCAGCACUUUCAGGUCCGAGUGAAAGUGUAUGAAGCCCGACAACUCAUGGGCAACAACAUCAAGCCAGUGGUGAACGUGGUCAUUGGGAGCUACCAGCAUAAAACACGGAUCAAGACGGGAAACAACCCUUUCUUCAAUGAGAUCUUCUUCCAGAAUUUUCAUGAGGUGCCUGCAAAGUUCUUUGAUGAGACUAUCUUAAUCCAGGUGAAGAAUUCCACACUAAUGAGAUUCAAUGCAGAGAUCGGGAGAUUCCAAACAGAUAUUGGGUUUAUCUACCAUUCUCCAGGUCACACACUCCUGAGGAGAUGGUUAGGCCUCUGCCUGCCAAAUGAACCCAGCAGUGGUUUGAGAGGCUACCUGAAAGUUACCAUCUGUGUCCUCAGUGCAGGAGACCAGGCUCCGGUAGAUCAAAAGCUGCCCUAUGGGGCUGAUGACACCAGUAUUCAGAUCUUCAAGUCAACGUUGGUUCCGAUCAACAUGGCCUACCUACAGUUCUUCAUCUACUGCGCGGAGGACCUUCAUCUCAAGAAACAGCACUUAGUGAGUCCUGUGUUGGAGGUGGAACUAAUUGGGAAAAAGCUCAGGACAAACAUGCUGACCCAAACUGAGAACCCAAUAUGGAACCAGAUCCUGAUCUUCCAGAUUCAGCUGCCCUGUCUCUCCAGCUACAUUAAGUUCAGAGUCUUGGACUGCCCCAAGAACAGGUGCCAGGAAGAGAUAGGGACAGUCAGUCUGUUCCUCAACCAAAUCUCAUCCACCGGAGCAGAAAUAGAAGGCAAGCAAUCCCCCAGGCCCCUGCCUCCUGCCCCUCUGCCACCUGGCCUGUCACCCUCACUCUCUCUUCUUGCAGGAACGUAUUCUGGCUUCUUACCCUGUUUUGGCCCCAGCUUCCUGACUCUCCGUGGGGGUAAAAAGGCCCCUUUCAGGAUCCAGGAAGAAGACACUAAUAUCCCCAACACUGCUAAGGAUGGCUUAGCUUAUCGAGGCCGGGUCUUCCUGGAGUUAUUUACCCACAUCAGUUCCCAUCAAAACUUUAAGAAGGAUCUCUCCUCUGAAGUGACCGAUAUAGAGAAGCACUACAACCGCCAAAAGUAUGGCCUUUGCGUCAUCUUCCUUUCCUGUACCAUGAUGCCCAGCUUUAAGGACCUGAUCCAGUUCGAGGUCAGCAUUGGCCCCUAUGGAACCAAGACAGACCUGAGUUACAAGCCUGUCAUCUCAACCACACAGUACAGCCCAGUGAUAUAUGAUGGAAACAUCUACCAUUAUGUGCCCUGGUACAACACCAAGCCGGUGGUGGCCGUGACCUCCUACUGGGAGGACACCAGCUUCCGCAUGCACUGCCUCAACCUCCUUCACUUCAUUCGGGACCGCCUGAAAGCCAACCUGGACACUCUGAAGUCCAUACGGAAUCCGAGGGACCCCGCUCUGCUCCCUCAGUGGGAGAAGCUGCUGAGAGAGCUGGUGGAAGACUGCAAGUACCCUCUGCCCUGCAUGAGCCAUCAGCCCAGAGCCACCGAGCUGGACAAGAAGAGAUGGCAGCUCCGCAGCCUGCUCCUGCAGGAACUGGCCCAAAAGGCCAUGGAAGUCCAGCCCAGGAACAUGGUGGCCACCGUGGAAAACUGGCUGUACCGCCUCAAUGCUGUGCUCCCUGAGCCCCAGGUGAGCCUCCCAGAUGUGAUGAUCUGGCUGAUGUCCAAGGACCAGCAAGUGGCCUAUGCACAGGUGCCCGCCCACAGCAUCCUGUUUUCCCCGACAGGGGCUCUGCACUCUGGCAGGUUCUGUGGGAAGACACAGAACCUCCUCCUACAGUACCCAGAGGGCGAAGGACAGAAGGACACGCUGCCAGCACACCUCCGGGUCUGCAUGUGGCUCGGCAACAUCACGGAUAGCAAGGAUCUGCAGCUGCUCCGCCAGGGCGAAUUUGUCGUGUACGCAGAGACGUAUGAGAACCAGGCCAAGUAUAAAGACCAGUGGGGACAGCAGGGGCUGCACCGCUGCCCCAACUUCUCAGAUGUCAUGGGGCACAAGGCCCUCCCCAAGGAGGAUUUCAAGCCACCCCAGGGAUGGCACUGGCAGGGGCAGUGGACAGUGGAGCCUCAGAGGAGACUCCUCCUGGACAUACACAUCAAUAAGAGCCAGGUGCUAGAGGAAGUGUAUGAGAACCAGUGUCGUGACACCACAGGGGCCUGGGUGCCAGCAGCCAUCCCCAACACAGACAUGAAUGGAGAGCCCGUGGAGGCCCGGGAGAAAAUGAAGUGUCCCCAAGGCUGGCACAUUAAGGAGAACUGGAAUGUGGAGCUGAACCAUGCAGUGGACAAUGAGGGCUGGGAGUAUGGAGUGGGGAUCGAGCCGUCGGGCCUGCCCCAGCUCUGGAACUCAGUGGAGAAGACCUACUACACAUGCCGCCGCCGACGCUGGGUGCGUUUGCGCUGCCGGAACCAUGGGAAGCUGGGCCUGGAGCAGGAGACCCUAUCCUUCCUGCAGCUGCAUCGCCCCAGCACAGCCGAGGAGGAGGGGGACUGGGAAUAUGGCACCUUCAGCUCCAAGUUCUCCCUGACCCCUCGGCCCCAGAGCCACUUCCGCCGUCGCUGCUGGCACCGCAGGCUGGUCCCAAACAAGGACAAGGGCAUUGCACCCAUUUUCCUCCUGGAGGGAUCCUUGGUUAUGGAUCUGAAGGAGCAGGCUAAGAAGGAAGAGAACAGGAUGCCAUCACAGGGUCCAAACAAAUCAUUCAUGAGCCGGAGGACUGCCCCACAGGAUACCGACCCACUUGACCUACCCUUCAUCUACUGCAUCUUCAACAAGCCCCACUACUACCAGCUUUUCGGCUACAUCUACCAGGCCCGGAACCUAAUGUCCACCCAGAUCCAGACAUUCCAGGGGCCCUUUAUUCGGUUGGUGUUCUUGAACCAUAGCCAGUGCACCCAUAUCCUGAGGAGCUCUGCAGCCCCCACGUGGGCCCAGACACUCAUUUUCCAGCACCUCCUUCUAUAUGAGAACCCCCAGGACACCGAAGCGAGCCCACCACUCGUGGUGUUGGAACUGUGGCAGCAGGACUCCCAGGGAAAGGAGAGCUUGUGGGGCCGGAGCAUGUGGUCUCCAGUAGUCUGGCUGGAUGCCCAAAAACGGAUCCUGCCCCCCCUGAGGUGGCACCCCCUUGUAAAAUUGCAAGGGGAGGAAGAGGGUGAGAUCCUGGCGUCCUGUGAGCUGAUCCUGGAGACUGAGAGUCUCAAAGAGAGGCCGCCAAUCUUAAGUGUUCCUUGGAAGAAUGGGAUCUACACACUCCCCAAGAGCAUCCAGCCCACACUAAAGAAAAUGGCUAUCGAGAUCUUGAUCUGGGGCCUUCGGAACAUGAAGCAGGUGCAUUCCCCCCAGCUCCUGGUAGAAUGCUGGGAAGAGUCCCUGCAGACAGAGCCCAUCAAGGACUUCCAGACCAACCCCAACUUCGCCCAGUCAGUCCUCUUCCUCACAGUGGUCAUGCCUAUGGAGGAGGUCUAUGCACCACCCCUCACGUUGAAGGUGCUAGACAGUCAGGACUUCGGCCAGCAGACUGUGGUGGGUCAGGCCAACAUCAACUCCCUACAACCCUACUUCUGCGACCCCUGGACUGAGGACUACAUGCCUCCACAGCUUCCAAUGCUCUCUAUGAACAAGUACCAGAAGGUCCUAGAUUACCUCUAUGAAAAGUUCUGGUUCAAUUCCAGCAAAGCUGAGGACGAAUAUGAGCAUGAAGUGGACUGGUGGAACAAGCUGUUCUGGGCCACAGGAGAUGCCAAGUCCCUGCAGUACAAGCACAAAGACUACCACACACUGAAGGUGUAUGACUGCGAGCUGGAGGCUGUGCCUGCCUUUGAAGGCCUGCAGGACUUCUGCCAGACCUUUAAACUCUACCAGGAAGAGCCCAAGUUGGACAGUCCUGUGGUAGGGGAGUUCAAGGGCCUUUUCCGUGUCUACCCCUUUCCUGAGGAUCCCGAAGCCCCCAAGCCCCCCCGCCAGUUCACAGUUUGGAGUAAGAAAGAGGACUUCCCUCAGGAGUGCUUGGUGCGGGUGUACAUAGUCCGAGCAAUCAACCUGCAGCCCCAAGAUUCCAACGGCCUGUGUGACCCUUAUGUGAUCCUGAAACUGGGACAUACAAAGAUUGGCAACCGGCACAAGUACCAGCCCAACACUCUGGAUCCCAUCUUUGGCAUGAUGUUUGAACUGAACUGUAUCAUCCCCCUGGAGAAAGACCUAGAGAUCGAGCUAUAUGACUUUGACCUGUUUUCACCUGAUGAUAAGAUUGGAACCACAGUCAUUGACCUUGAAAACCGACUCUUGUCUGGCUUUGGAGCCCGUUGUGGGCUCUCCAAGUCCUACUGCCAGUCAGGGCCCUUUAGGUGGCGGGAUCAAAUGCACCCAAGCUUCCUCUUAGAGCGCCAUGCCAAACAGAAAGGGCUACCUCCACCUCUGUUCAAUCCUGAGGAGGACUCUGUUUUUUACAAUGGGAAAAAAUUCAGACUGCAAAGCUUUGAGCCCAAGCCCCCUACUGUUCGUUAUUUGGGACCUAAGAAAGAACGCCUUGCACUAUACCUCCUGCACACCCAGGGGCUGGUCCCUGAGCAUGUGGAGACGCGCACACUAUACAAUGACAGUCAGCCAGGCAUCGAUCAGGGAAAGGUGCAAAUGUGGGUGGACAUCUUUCCCAAGAAGCUUGGGCCUCCUGGUCCCCCAGUCAACAUCAAGCCCAGAAAGCCUAAAAGGUAUGAGCUGCGCUGCAUCAUCUGGAAGACUGCCCAAGUGGACCUGGGGAAAAGUUUAUCUGGCGAAAUAAGUGACAUCUAUAUCAAAGGGUGGUUAUUCGGGCUAGAGAAGGACAUGCAGAAGACAGAUAUCCACUACUACUCCCUCACUGGGGAAGGUGCCUUCAACUGGCGGUUCAUCUUCACCAUGGACUACCUGGCAGCUGAGCGUAUGUGUGUCCAGAGCCAGAAGGACUACAUAUGGAGCCUGGACCCCACGGUGCUAAAGUUCCCAGCCCGGCUCAUCAUCCAGAUCUGGGAUAACGACAUCUUCACCCCUGAUGACUUCUUAGGGGUCCUGGAGCUGGAUUUGUCUGACAUGCCCCUACCAGCCCGGCACGCCAAUAUGUGCUCCAUCAGGAUGAUGGAUACAGAUUCCAAGUGGCCCUACAUCCUCCAGUAUAAGCACAUCUCCCUCUUUAAGAAGAAGACUGUAACAGGCUGGUGGCCUUGCCAGGUCCUCGAUGAUGGCAAAUGGCGCUUGUCGGGUAAAGUGAAGAUGACGCUGGAGAUUCUGUCAGAGAAGGAAGCCCUAAUCAAGCCAGCAGGGCGAGGCCAAUCAGAACCCAACCAAUACCCUACACUUCAUCCUCCCAUACGCCCCAACACCUCGUUCUUGUUUCGGAUACCCAUUAUAAACUUGUGCAAGGUUUUCUGGAAACGCUACCACUUUAAAAUCAUAGCUGCUGCAAUCAUAUUUAUUAUAGCACUUCUGCUGUUCAACUUUAUCUAUUCAGCCCCGCACUACUUGGCCAUGAACUGGAUCAAACCUGGACUUCGGCUGAGUGCUCCCCUUAAAAUAGAUAAAAAUGUCAUCAAUCCACCAAACACCCACAUUGCCAACCCUUCUGUCCUCGUCAGCCAGCAUCUGAACCUAAAUCCUACAGUAGACCAUGAGCUGAAAUUCCUCCAGGGACCUAUGAAUCACCAGCAAGACAUCUUUCCAGAACUUCCAGCCCUGCAAGACUAAUUGGCCCAUUUCUGCCUGACUUUUCUCUUGCCCAUCACCAGCCCUAUCCUUGGGCUUCCUACCAGUUCCUCAUUUCUAUCUUCUAACACAUACGCAAGGGGCUAAGGAUAUUCUGGCCAUUCUGUUCAGAAACCACUUCGGACAAGGACAGAGUUGUCAUUUUCCCACUGAAGUAAACAAGUUUUGUCACAGAGA